AUGGCCUCUACUAUUGAGCUUGCAUCUGCCUUCAUUGAAGGAGCCCCACCGGGUGAAGUACGUAUCUUUACUUCCUGUCAGGGACCGAAUGUCCAAGCGCUGACCGAGGGCGACGAUAUUAUUCCUUCGCUCCUACCCGCAUUCGAACGAUACAAUGAGAGCCAGUUGACUACAGUGAAACUACCGGGCUCAAGUCAAGAGGUGGCACAGGUUAUUGUCAGUGAAUUUAACAAGGUCGAGGGCAAUCGCUACUUUGACUCGGAGAACCAGACUUCUUUUGAAGUCGAUCACACUGCACAGACUGCCUCUGCGGCGCAAUCGUUCCCAUUGGAAUCUCAGAAUGCCGACCUGAUUAAAUCCUUGCUCAAGUCCCUGGGCAAUCACGCCCGUGAGCAUUACUCCAACUGUUCAUACGGUGUCUACCCAAUUGAAGACGACUCUGCUGUCGCAAUCCUCUUGGUUGCAAACCGCUACUCCCCUAACAACUUCUGGAACGGUCGUUUCCGUGCCAUUUACCAAGUUCCCGUCUCCUCCUCCUCCACCACCGUGACUGGAAAGAUCCACGUCGACGUGCACUACUAUGAGGAUGGCAAUGUUUCCCUCAACACUACCAAGCCAAUCAACCUCUCCGUGUCAUCGGUCUCUGCCGAGUCAAUCAUCUCGCGUAUUGCCGGAGCCGAGCGUGACUACCAAGAGGAGCUAAACCGAGCAUUUGUCACCAUGGCCGAGGGGGCGUUCAAGGGCUUGCGACGUCAGCUCCCCAUCACCCGCCAGAAGGUUGAGUGGGAGAAGGUUGGUGGAUACCGAUUGGGACAGGAUAUCUCCGGUGGUAAGGGACGAUAG